UGGGAGGAAAUUCUACUGUUGGAAGAUAGACUUCUUUAUUUUAAAAUUUGGAAGAGUUUUUUUUUUUUUUUUUUUUUUUUCUUUCAUGUACUCCAACAGCCAUUUCGAAGCUCAGUGUUUCAGUGCCAUGCUGGGACUUGGUUUGACUAAUACGGAUUUUUAACUAAUAGAAGCCUGAAAGGAGGCCACGCCAAAGCGAGACCUUCUUGAAAUGCUGUGGUUUUUGAAGGAAACGCUGACAAAAAUCAGUACUGUCCCACAGCAUUUAUUUUCCCAACAGUUUGCACCUCGCUUGCAUUUCAGCAGCUCAUACUUUUACGUACGCCCAAGCACAUUACAUACAUCUUGCCCCAGCAGGAUGCGGCAUUUUCUCCAUUUACUCCAUCGGGAACAGUUUUUGCUCGAAGAGGAGCUGGGUUUGUCCCAUCCCUUGAUUUCAGCGUGAGCUUUGGCUGCGCUGACAAUGGGCAAAUGCUCUCCGCCGACCUUCAGCGUGUCCGCAAACUUGCUGCUCCUUUUUCCAGACGUAUUAACAGAUGGGCUUCAACCAGGAGCGCUUUGGGCACGGAUGCCCUUGGCUCAGCCUAAUCCUACACCCUGAGGGAAUUUCGGCAGCCGCUUGGCUGAGAUAUCUCCGGCCAUGUAGGAUGCGAGAGAUGAUUUCGCAGCAGCCCCAGGUGCUGGUGGUGUGGUACUGGUGCGAGUGUUGGUGGGAACAGGAGUUUUGUUGGCAUCUCCCAGUCUCCGGGCGUGCGGGUUUAAAUAACUGCUGGGAUCUGCCCCGGGGGUUCUGGUUCUGGAAGAACCGUUGGUGUUUGUGACACUGGUGACGCUGGGGCCCUCCAGGCGAGGAGGCGCGGGAUCUGCUCGGAUGUCCCGGGUGAGUCUGGCCCCAUGCAUGGCCCGAGGGCUCAGUGGAAAGCCGGUGACCAACACGAGGCCGAACGGGAGUGUGGCAGGCUCGAGGUGACUCUUCUGGACGAACUGCAGAGACCUGAUGAAGAGGCGGUGGUUGACCAGGGGGGAACAAGCAAUGUUGUCAAUAUUCACUAUGAGAAGGAGGAGCUGGAAGGCCACCGGACCCUGUACGUGGGUGUGCAGAUGCCCCUGGUGAGGCAGAGCCACCGGCACCACCGGCCCCGCAGCCAGAAGCAUCGGAAACGGGAGCGGGCCAAGGGGGCGGCCCCUGAGGACCAGGGCUACCACUACACCCCAUCCCAGCGGGUGCAGUUCAUCCUCAGCACCGAGGAGGAUGAGCAGCACGUCCCCCAUGACUUAUUCACCGAGCUGGACGAGAUCUGCGUGAAGGAGCGCGAAGAUGCAGAGUGGAAGGAAACGGCAAGGUGGCUGAAGUUUGAGGAGGACGUGGAAGACGGCGGUGAGCGCUGGAGCAAGCCCUACGUGGCCACACUCUCCUUGCACAGCCUGUUUGAGCUGAGGAACUGCAUCAUCAAAGGCACAGUGCUGCUGGACAUGUGCGCCAACAGCACCGAGGAGAUUGCAGAUAUGAUCCUGGACCAGCAAAACCAGUCCAGUGAAUUUGACGAGAGCAUGCGGGAGAAAGUCCGAGAAGUCCUCCUGAAGAAGCAUCACCAUCAGAACGAGAAGAAGAGAAACAACCUCCUCCCCAUCGUCCGCUCGUUUGCUGACGUGAGCAAGAGGCAGCCAGACCUGCACCCCCUCGACAAGCCAGCCCAAACACUCACCCCCCAUACUCCUCCCACCACCACAGAAGCUAAAAACGGGGUGAACCAUGACACCAGCCCAAUGGAUUUAAGCAAGGCUGAGCUGCACUUCAUGAAGAAAAUUCCUAUUGGGGCUGAAGCAGCAAACGUGCUCGUAGGAGAGCUGGAUUUCCUUCACCAGCCCAUCAUGGCAUUUGCCCGCCUGACCCCGGCGGUCCUCCUCUCAGGCAUGACAGAAGUUCCCAUCCCAACCAGGUUCCUGUUUAUUUUGCUGGGACCAGAAGGAAAAGCCCAUCAGUACCACGAGAUUGGCAGGUCCAUGGCUACUCUCAUGACGGAUGAGGUUUUCCAUGAUGUUGCCUAUAAAGCCAAGAACCGGGCAGACCUCGUGGCUGGCAUCGACGAGUUCCUGGAUCAGGUCACGGUCUUGCCACCUGGAGAGUGGGAUCCAUCGAUCCGAAUCGAGCCCCCCAAAAAUCUCCCUUCACAGAAAAAAAGGAAGACACCGGGAGUUCUUGAUGACAACGCUUCUCACAGAAAGCCAGAAAAGCACAGUGGCCCUGAACUAGAGCGAACGGGAAGGCUCUUUGGAGGUCUGAUCCUGGAUGUGAAGCGAAAAGUCCCAUGGUUCUGGAGCGACUUUCGGGAUGCUCUGAGCCUGCAGUGUCUGGCGUCCUUCCUCUUCCUCUACUGUGCCUGCAUGUCCCCCGUCAUCACCUUCGGGGGGCUGCUGGGGGAGGCGACCGAAGGCCACAUAAGUGCCAUGGAGUCGUUACUGGGUGCAUCCAUGACUGGUGUGGUCUAUUCCCUCUUUGCCGGCCAACCUCUCACCAUCCUCGGCAGCACCGGCCCCGUCCUCGUGUUUGAGAAGAUCCUCUACAAGUUCUGCAAGGACUAUGCACUCUCCUACCUCUCCCUGAGGGCGUGCAUAGGGCUGUGGACCGCCUUCCUCUGCGUGGUGCUGGUGGCCACGGAUGCCAGCUGCUUGGUGUGCUACAUCACCCGCUUCACCGAAGAAGCCUUCGCUGCCCUCAUCUGCAUCAUCUUCAUCUACGAGGCUCUGGAGAAGCUGAUCUGCCUGGGAGAGACCUACCCUGUGCACAUGCACAGCAAGCUUGACUUCCUCACCAUCUACUACUGUAAGUGCGAGGCACCGACCCAUCCCAGCAACGAGACCCUGCACUUUUGGGAGAGCAACAAGAUCAACGUGUCUGCCAUCGCCUGGGAAAACCUCACAGUGACUGAAUGUCGGCAUUUGCAUGGAGAAUUUCACGGACCCGCCUGUGGACACAACGGCCCCUACACACCCAAUGUCCUCUUCUGGUCCUGCAUCCUCUUCUUCUCCACCUUUGUCCUAUCAAGCUCCUUGAAGAUGUUUAAAACCAGCCGCUAUUUCCCAACCAGAGUACGGUCCGCCAUAAGCGACUUUGCAGUCUUCCUCACCAUCGUCGUCAUGGUGCUCAUUGACUUCCUGAUUGGGAUCCCCUCACCGAAGCUCCAUGUACCCCAUAUGUUCAAGCCCACCAGAGAUGACCGCGGGUGGCUCAUCAGCCCCAUAGGACCCAACCCUUGGUGGACCGUGCUGGCUGCGCUCAUCCCAGCCCUGCUCUGCACCAUCUUGAUCUUCAUGGACCAGCAGAUCACCGCUGUUAUUGUGAACAGGAAGGAGCACAGGCUGAAGAAAGGAUGCGGGUACCACCUGGACCUUUUCAUGGUGGCUGUGAUGCUCGGGGUGUGCUCUGUCAUGGGUCUGCCGUGGUUUGUGGCUGCGACCGUCCUGUCCAUCACCCACGUGAAUAGCCUCAAACUUGAGUCUGGCUGCUCAGCUCCGGGAGAACAACCCAGGUUUUUGGGGAUACGAGAGCAGAGAGUCACUGGCUUGAUGAUCUUUGUGCUCAUGGGCUGUUCUGUCUUCUUGACCACUAUAUUAAAGUUUAUACCAAUGCCUGUGCUGUAUGGCGUUUUUCUCUACAUGGGUGUAUCAUCGCUCAGAGGAAUCCAGUUCUUCGAUCGCUUGAAGCUGUUCGGGAUGCCUGCGAAACACCAGCCAGACUUCAUCUACCUGCGGCACGUGCCCUUGCGGAAGGUGCAUCUCUUCACCCUGAUCCAGCUGACCUGCCUCGUCCUGCUCUGGGUCAUCAAGGUGUCCCGGGCUGCCAUCGUCUUUCCCAUGAUGGUUUUGGCUCUCGUUUUUGUCCGAAAAGUCAUGGAUUUCUGCUUCUCAAAGCGAGAGCUCAGCUGGCUGGAUGACCUUAUGCCAGAAAGCAAAAAGAAGAAGUUGGAUGAUGCCAAAAAUGAAGCCAAAGAAGAAGAGGAGUCUCAGAAGAUGAUGGAAGCUGCUGCUGCAAAUUCAGUCCAGCUGAACCUGGUGAAGACCAGCUACCUGGAUGUCCCAAAGCAGAACAGUGACAGGACUGACCCUUCUGAGAUUAACAUCUCAGAUGAAAUGUCAAAAACAACCGUAUGGAAGGCUCUUACCAUGAACACAGAAAAACUCUGAAUCUGAGGAGGAAAGAGUUUUCCUCUUUAGGGAUCUUGGCUUUGAAGGAGAGGAGUGAGAACGUGACUCAGGGAUGAGCCAACGCAGACGCGAGGACAAACUGCUGUUUCACAUGGAGGAAAGGAAACAAGUGAGCACAAGCCCUCCCUGGUUUUCUCCUCCGAGUAGCAGGAUUCCCAUUAAAGCCAUUUUCAAGACAUUUCCUGUUAUCCUUGGUGUGCUUCAGGCAUUCAGUAUCUCUAGACCAGCAAACUGAGGUGCACAUCGCAGUCCGUGGGAGUUCAGUGUUGUUCAGCCUCUGUGUGUACGUGCGUGUGUUGUUGUGGUUUUGUAGUGGUAGAGGGACGGCUACCGCUUCAUCAUUCAGUGCUAUCUAUUUUUUUUAUAUCUGAUCCCCCCCGGCCUUUCCCUUUUUUUCCAAAUAUAAACUCUGAAUGUA